AUGUCUAAUAUUUCUGCUGCCGGAGCUACUGCUGUCAAGAAGUUCACUUCUAGAGGCAUCGCCAAGAACUUCCUUGCCGUUGAGCAAUCUGAGGGUGUUGGUGCCCGAGUCAGACGUGCUAUUGGUUCAAUGCAAGUUCGUAACUUCUCUCCUUUCUUAAUGAUGGAUCAUUUUGUUGUUGGUAAGAAUGCUGGUUUCCCUGACCAUCCUCACCGUGGUCAAGAAACUAUUACUUAUAUCAUCAAGGGUUACUUUGACCAUGAAGACUUCACAGGAAGUUCUGGUACUAUUGGCCCUGGUGAUCUUCAAUUCAUGACUGCUGGUCGUGGUAUUGUCCAUGCUGAGAUGCCACGAAUUGGCGAUGAUGGUGUUCUUCCCGAGGGUAUGCAAUUAUGGGUCGAUCUUCCUAAGGAACUCAAGGCCUGUGAACCACGUUACAGAGAUCUCAAGGCCGAGGAAAUCCCUGUUGUACGUCCUUCUGACAAGGUUGAAAUCAAGGUCAUCUCGGGUCAUUCUUAUGGCGUCGAGUCUGUCAAGGAUCUUGCCUAUACUCCUAUCUGGUACUUUGAUGUCCGCAUGCAACCUGGUGGCAGCAUUGAGCAAGAAAUCCCCAAGGAGUUCAAUGCUUUUGUCUAUGUUCUGAACGGUAAUGUCAAGGUUGACGGUGCCAACGUUGACGAGCACCACUGUGCUCUUCUCGACCGAAACGGUGAUGGUGUUCAAGUUUCUGUUGACUCUUCCGAGUCUAAGGAAGCCCGACUUGUCAUCAUCGGUGGUGAGCUCCUCAGCCAAGAGAUUGUCCAGCACGGUCCUUUUGUCGAGACCUCUCGUGAAAAGAUCAUGCAAGCCUUCGUCGACUACCAGACCGGUUCCAACGGUUUCGAGCGUGCUCGCGACUGGGAGUCCAAGAUCGGUAAGAGAAACGGCUAA